AUGCGAGCGGACGGGGCGACCGAGUGUCACCGGCCCGGGCGUUCGUUCUCACCGUUUCCUUUUCUUGUAGCAGAGGCGCAGGCAAAGGCUCUUGCCGAGGCUCGGGAAGGGUUCGUCAAGGAGUCCUUCUACCGUGAAGCCGAGUUCCGGGCGCAGCAGGCCGAAGAGGCCCGGAAAAGGGCGAAAGCGGAGGUGGCGGAAUUGACGAAGGUCCUGGAGCAGAAGGGCCGGGAGCUGGAGGACGUCAUCACCGAAUACAAGGUGAAGCUGGAGGCCGCGACUGAUGCGCGGGACUCUGCACGUGGGGCUGCCGCGUCUCUGCGGGAGGAGGUGGCGGCCUUGAAGCAGCAGCACGCCAAAGAACUUGCUGCGGAGAAGGAGGCGUCCGAGGGCAUCGUCCUGGCGGUGCAGGCCGAGAAGACCAACUUCGAGGCUUUCGUCAGGGAGAUGUCGCGGCAGAUUCUUGGUACGUGCGACUUCGUGGAGACGGCGACUCCACGGGAAUGCCUGUCGACCGCGACCGCGCGUAUCAUCGCCUGCGCGGGGAGAUACUUGCCGCGCUCCAGUGCACUCGAGCCCGCGGGAGGUGAUUCCGCGGGACACGCCAUCCGUCUUCAAGGCCGUGUCCAACAUUCCGGCUGUUGUUGA